AUAGUUGAAAACGUUUGCGUCUCUGCGGCAUUCUAAUUCAUUUGUUAAUAUUUUAACAUAUUUAAAAUGAAAACAGUUAUAAUAAUGUUGUUAUUUACUCUGCAUUUAGUGGUUUGUUAUGAAGAGGAUGCGGAUUAUGAAGGUGGCAGAUGUACAACCUAUACUAACGAGAUCGGUGUUUGUAGAUAUUUAUAUAAAUGUGAAUACGCGAUACAUCAAAUCAGAAAUAAGAAAAAGAUAAAGAGUUGUUUUUAUAAUGGUUUUAAAAGAUACGUAUGCUGUUUGGAAAAAGAAAAAAGACCAGUAACAAUGAAACCCAAAAUAAAAACACCGAAGUGGCGAUAUCGCGUUCAUCGGUUUCCAGUGUGGAGUCCUAUAAGGGUCUUAUAUUAACGAUUCCUACAAAUAUCAAGAAUAGACCUCGUUGGUGCAGCAACUUGAUGCUAGAAAUAUCUAGGAUAAUGUUCAACUAGCUGCGUUCAAAUUGUUGAUGACCUAAACAUGUAUAAAAUUACUGUAAAAGUUUUAAUAAAUAUUUACGGCUAUUGUUUGAACUUGAAAAUCUGUUUAUAUUAACAAACUAUUGCUGUGCGGUUUC